AUGACUGUGAGCACCAAUAAACUAGACACAUUUGGAGAUUACCUAGGCACCAGCUCCCAAGCUGAAACAUGGUUCAAGAACAUCCCAGCCACAAGCAAAGCUACAUGGACCACACUUGUUACAGUGUUUGAAGCACGUUGGCCACCAAUCAAAAUAGCAGAAAAGACGAAUGCAGAGUAUGAAAAGGAGCUUUUAGAUCACACCCUGCAGAGUAUGGAAGUUGGGAAGAAGACAACACUAUACGACCGAGAAUGCUGGAUGCACAUAGCAUGGGCAGUGAAGACAUUGCAAUUAGCCAUGAAUGUGGAAAUCGCACAAAGUACAUCGAUGAUCUGGCAAGUGCACAGCAUGUUACCAGACAUCAUCAAGGACCUACUCAAGGACGAAGAAUACAGGGACUGGACGGAAUUCACAAAGGCAGUUACGGAGCUGAAGGGGAAUAGAUUGGUAGAGAAACAGGAACAACAUAACCGGCAAGCACAGGAGCUCAAUGCCCUCAGGAUAGACCUAGCUCGCAUCCGACAAUGA